AUGAUUGGAAAUCGGGCCUUUCCGAGGGACUCUCGGAUAGGCUUUUUUGAAAGCGGCCUUGAAUGCCGGGCAGCCCUUGUAAUUGGUGGUGUGGUCCUUGGAGCACAAGGCGCAUUUGGCAGGACUGCUGCGGUCUUUGGUGCAGUCCUCCGGCAAAAUGUGCCUGUGAGUGGCCGCUUACUCAAAGAAACAGCAAAAUCAUUCACCAAAGACUUGGGCAUCCCGUUUUUCUCAGCUAGUGAUGGACGGUUAAUGAAUUUUAUGAAAAGAAACGGUAUUGUUUUCAAAAAUAUUUGUGGAGAAAGUUCUAGUGUUGAUGAUAACGUGUGUUCAGAUUGGCAUCGUAAACUUUCAACUUUGUUAAAAAAUUACGAGCCACGAAACGUGUCCAACACAGAUGAAACCGCUCUAUUUUUUAAAUGUUUAUCAGAUAAAACUUUCACCUUUAAAGAAGAAAAAUGCCACGGCGAGAAACAUAGUAAAGACAGGUUAACGAUUCUACAAGCAGUAAACAUGGACGGCUCCGAAAAGUUAACUUCACUCAUAGGAAAAGCUGCCAAACCUAGGUGUUUUAAAGGCAUAUGUUAA